GCUCUCCACAGCCGAUUUCUGUCAAACAUCUUGUAAACAAUCAGAUUUUUGCGUACGCGUAGCAUCAUCAUCAUUAGCGGUGCCGAAAAGUAAAACAAUUAACCAACCAGCACGAUGAGAUUCUACACCAUUACGUGUUUCGUGCUUUCCUUGCUGACUGUGAUUACAGCAGAGUUCUCCGCUGAAGAUUGCCGGGAAUUGGGCCUUAUCAAGUCACAGUUAUUUUGUUCAUCGUGCAGUAGCUUAAGCGAUUAUGGACUGAUUGAACUGAAAGAACAUUGCCUAGAGUGCUGCCAAAAAGAUACUGCCAGCGAUACGAAGCUGAAGGUGUAUCCGAUGGCGGUGCUGGAGGUUUGCACGUGCAAGUUUGGCGCGUACCCACAAAUUCAAGCAUUCAUCAAAAGUGAUCGUCCGGCCAAGUUUCCGAACCUAACCAUUAAGUACGUGCGUGGUUUGGAUCCGAUCGUGAAGCUGAUGGACGAACAAGGCAAUGUGAAGGAAACGCUGUCCAUCACGAAAUGGAACACCGACACGGUGCAGGAGUUUUUCGAAACACGGUUGGCGAAAGUAGAGGAUGACGACUAUCUCAAAACUAAUCGUGUUUGAUGAUAAACGAAAAUAGAAGUAAAUUUAUACACCUACAAAGCUAACGAAA